AUGUGCAUCAAGAGACGACACUUGUACGUGUGCGGUCAUGAUAGUAUCAGAGAAGGAAUGUGUUCAGAAGCAGAGAAUAACGGCGAAUUUGGGAACUGUGAAUUCGGAUACUCUGACCAAAGUGACAAGGGUUUGCCAGUUGAGGAGAGAUCGUUUUGUUCAAACUGUCCUGGCCUAUCCGUACCCACCAAAGAAGAACUCAACAAACAGAGAUGCGAGAGAAAAGAAUCAAUUCGCGAAUACAAAGAGCAACUCAAAGUCGCGAUAGAAAAGUUUGGACGAUCCGAAAGAAACCAUUCAGAAAAUAAGAGAGCUAUAGGUGAUGCGGCAUACAAUGUCGCAUUCUACACAGAACGCGACCGAUGGCUGCGGAAAGUUGAAGACCUGGAAGACGAAUACCGUAAUGACGCCGAGCGUUUGAAAGAUGGGAGGGACAAGCUUUUGGACGAGUUUGAAAAGAACACACAGGAUAUUCAGAAAGACUUGGCGAUGUUUAAUGAGGAGAUGUAUGCAUUGUUAGCUAGUGAGGGUUGGGAUCAAGCUCGUUUCCUACCAAACAGGGGGAACGAUCUCGAAUUUGCUUUGGAUAAUAAAUGGUGA